AUGGAAGAAAUAAUAGAAAAUGAAGAUAGUGAAAUAAGUUAUCAGAAUUUAUUGCCAGUUGCGAGUAUUUUACGUAUUAUGAAAACAACACUUCCAAAAAAUACUAAGAUUGCACAUAAAGCCAGAGAAUGUAUGCAAGAGUGUGUUUCUGAGUUUAUUAGUUUUAUUACGUCAGAAGCAUCAGAGAAAUGCCUUCAAGAAAAACGUAAAACAUUAAAUGGAGAAGAUAUUUUGUCUGCAAUGAUAACAUUAGGCUUUGAAAACUAUGCUGAACCCUUAAAAAUAUAUCUUUCCAAAUACCGUCAAAUGUUAAAAGCAAAUCGUGAAGGAACUAUUCCUUACUAUUCGAGUCGGUGA